AUGGCUAAGAAGAGACCUGGAAGUAAUGGGAGUGCAAGUAAUGGAAGUACAAAUGGCAAUAUUCGGGGUAGAGCCAACAGACCAAGCCUGCUGUCAAAAUCGUCUUCCAGCUCUAAUAAUGAAUUGAAAAAUAGAUCCCGUUCUAGUUCUCGCCAUAGAGAUACACUCCUGCCUAGCAUUUCACGCAAAGGUUCACGACUGAAACUGAGAUCAAGAGCCAAUUCUGUGUUUAGUUUUAUUUUUGACAGGAUAUCAAGUCCCCACCCAAGAAGAGAUGGCAUAAAAGGAUUCUCACUUUAUAGAUUGUUAUUAUUAGAAUUGAACCUACUGUCUAAUGAACCAGGAAAUGAAAUUGCCCCACAAAGUGAAGAUAAUGAAAACUCCUUUGAGACUCUUAAAAAUAUGCUAUACAUCCCAUACUGUCUAGAAAAGUUUAUGAUAUUUGGUUUAUUGGUGUGUUUCAAUUCAUUCCUUACAUUGUUUACGUUGGCACCUUUGAAAAUUAUGAUUAUCACUCUUCAACAAGCAGUACAAUAUAUUAAAAAUUCAAAUGGAUUCCAAUUUGAAAAAUUUAGAUUAAUCAAGAAGGAUGUGAUAACCCUUAGUCUUGUUAUCUUGUCCAUACUAGUACUUUCUACUAAGAAAUUAGAUAUAUCUAGAAUGUACCAUGAUGUUAGGGGUCAAGCAGAUAUAAAAUUAUACGUCAUGUUUGGUGUUCUUGAAUGUGCUGAGAAGUUGUGCUCCUCAAUUGGCCAGGAUAUAUUAAAUAUAUUGUACCAUACAUCAACUAGCAAGAAAAGUGGUAGAUUCGUGGCAUUCUAUGUGUUGUCAAUUUUUUAUUUAUCAUUCCAUGCAUAUAUUUUAAUUUAUCAAACAGUGUCAUUGAACGUUGCUGCUAACUCUUAUUCAAAUGCAUUGUUGACUUUGUUGUUGUCCAACCAGUUUGCUGAAUUGAAAGGAUCCGUGUUUAAGAAAUUUGAACGAGAAGGUUUGUUUCAAAUAUCAAUGGCUGAUUUGACUGAAAGAUUUCAAUUAUCUCUAAUGUUAGGUAUUAUUGCAUUGAGGAACUUGUUGCAAUUGAGUGUCACUGGUGGAUUGAUCCCAAACAGCUGGAAGAGUUGGAAUAGAUGGAUUGGUGCUGUUUUUGGACCUGGGGUUGUUGUUAUUGGCUCCGAGGUAUUUGUUGAUUGGUUGAAACAUUGCUAUAUUGCCAAGUUUAACAAGAUCAAACCAAAGAUAUACCGUAAUUUCUUGUACGUUCUGUGUUUGGAUUUCUUGGAGGUGUUUGAGUUUAAUAAAGUUAGUGGGAAACCAAGUCACGAGUUUACUGACUAUAUAGUCUUGACAAGAAGAAUUGGGUUACCAUUAUUGGCUUCAGUAGUUUGUUUUUUAAGAAUGACUUUGCAAGAUUUGAGACAAAUAUUCAUUUUUCCUGUGGUUAGUUCAUGGACAUAUUCAAUCUUUGCUAGUGGAUCAUUAAUUUUGGCUACUUUCCUUACACUUUUACUUAUUCGAGUUAUUCUUUCUAUGCUUAUUUUCAAGAUUGCCAAUGUACUCGUUAUUCAACACAAACAACACCAAGAGGAGUUGAAAUUAAGCAUGAAACAAACCCAGGAAAUAGCCCGUACCAUGUCACCAACUGAGAAAUUUACACCAGAAACGACACCGGCAGAAUUUGAUGGAUCCACUACUGAAAGUAUUGUUCUUAAUGAGAUUCGAAAUUAUAAUUCGUCACCAAUAGGUUUAUCAUUUCUUCCUGGGUCUCCUAAUACAGAACCUUCAACCAUUAACCCCAAGACUAGAGCACAGUUAUAUGAUGUGGAUGAAAAGAUCCCACCAACUGUUGAAGAAAAACGUAAUAAACAGUUACUCAACGGUAGUAUGAAUCAAGAUGUUUGGAAAAAUGAUGAUGGUGAUGAAGGACUCUCCCAAGUAAUGAGAUAUAAAAUGUCAAGUAAACGUAUCUGGUGA